CAGCUGAUUUUUGACAAAUGACAGCAAAAUCCGCAAACAUGCAAAUUUUAUUAUUUAAUAAGUAGAACCUAAAAAUACUAGAAAUAGUAGAAUUUAAAUUUGUUGCUUCCGAGUCCUUCUCAGAAUAGAACUAACGAAAAUGUCUCCGGAAAUCCCAACGGUCUAUUUGAUGUUCGAUACUACCGAUCCUCCACAAAGGUCUGAAGCUCAAAAUUCGGCAAAUAUUUUCCAGCAAGAAUCUGAUGAAACUACUGAGGAUGAAACCUCAGAAGACGAGGAACCAGAAGUUAAGGACUCCGAAGCAUCCACAGAUGAGGACGAAGCACCACCAGCGAAAAAGAAAGCAAAGUUAGUAAAAUGGUGCAAGAAGCAAUCCAAACCGCAACAAUAUUUGGUCAAGAAGCGAGGGAUGAUGCCCCCAUUAUAUCCAAGAAUUCACAGUACAUUUUUGGUUUACAAAGGUACUUUAUAUCGAGUUGGAGAUGUAGUCGCCCUAAUGGAUAUCAUUAGUGAAGACAUUUACUAUGCCCAAAUCACCAACCUACUCAUUGACGAGUACCAAGAGCGAUUAGCGAUAAUUCAGUGGCUGUUCCCAACCACUGCAAGCCCAAAUCCAAAUGAAGGAUUUGAUGCCUCAACUUAUUACUUAGGCCCAAGAGAAAGCACCCCAAGGAGCGUUUCACAGAUGCAAUUUGUUAUGCACAAGCCCAUUGGUUAUUUUAAAGCCAAUUUAGCCUUGAUUUCAGAUCCUCUACCUCGUAAAAGGUCUUCACACUCUAGAAGGGGCUAGUUUUUCUGUUUGCUUCUUCUAGGACGCUGUUCUAAAACAUUUGUAAUUUUUCUAUUUUUGUAUGUAGGUAGUUAUUUAGUUUAGAAAUACAAACCAUCCAUUUCCAAAAUUGUUUUUCUUUUUUUGUCCACUCUAGGUAAAUGUUUAAAAUUUUUACUUGAGGCUCAGUAUCUUGAAUAAAUUGUUCUCCAAUUUCUUUAUUUUUUAAAGCCAAAAUUUCAUAAGUUGUUAAGCCGAUGUUGCGCGCC